AUGUAUAUAUAUAUAUAUAUAUGCCCAUACCCAAAUCCAUUCUCGAAUACUAAAUCGUUUUCCUUUUUGCUUUUACGAGGUGAGGUAAUGGCGACUGGUUUGGUCCGACGAGCGAUAUCGAGGUUUGAGUCUUCUCCUGCGGCGAAGCAGAUAUUUGGUCGUGCCCAUGCGUCCGAAGCUCAAGCGCAGCAGGUGGAGUCCAAGGCCGCCGCCGCCAACAUAAAAAAGUUCCAAAUCUACCGGUGGAGUCCGGAGAACCCGCAAAAACCGGAGCUUCAGGAGUACCAAGUCGAUCUGAAGGAGUGCGGGCCCAUGGUUCUAGACGCUCUGAUCAAGAUUAAGAACGAGAUCGACUCCUCACUCACCUUCCGGCGGUCGUGCCGGGAGGGCAUCUGCGGCUCUUGCGCCAUGAAUAUCGACGGCAAGAACGGACUAGCUUGCCUCACCAAGAUUUCUUCCGGCUCUGACUCCAUGAUCACUCCGCUCCCCCACAUGUUCGUGAUAAAGGAUCUGGUGGUUGAUAUGACCAACUUCUACAACCAGUAUAAGUCAAUUGAACCCUGGCUCAAGAGGAAGACUCCUCCCCAGACGCCCGGCAAAGAGAUUCCUCAGAGCAAGGCCGAUAGAGCUAAGCUGGAUGGGAUGUACGAGUGCAUUCUCUGCGCCUGCUGUAGCACAUCCUGCCCUAGUUACUGGUGGAACCCAGAGUCUUAUCUUGGCCCCGCCGCCCUCCUCCAUGCCAACAGAUGGAUAAUGGACAGCCGUGAUGAAUAUACCAAGGAGCGCCUUGAAGCAGUUGAUCAUGAAUUCAAGCUUUAUCGCUGCCAUACUAUUUUGAAUUGUGCCAAAGCUUGCCCAAAGGGACUGAAUCCUGGAAAACAAAUCCAGAAUAUCAAGGCACUAGAGGUUAACAGACGAUUUGUAUGAAUUCAGAUUUUCUGUUUAUGAAGUUAGUACACCUUAGACAAAAUAAUAUGCUGAUAUGCAAACCUUCUGGUUUACCAAUUUUUUGACCUUGUGUCCGAGGUCCUUGUUUCUCUUAAAACUUUUGUAAGUCAGCUUGUGCCAUCUUUAAACUAUGUCUUGAGCAUUAUUCUCCUAUCCUUAAUGGAAAGUGUGACGUUCUGGGGUACUGCACAGAUGUACCUCACUGUGUAUGUGUUUAUAUA